UACUGUAAUAUUAAACUUUUUUUUAGAUUCCUUUGGUUAGUUUCAAUAUGGAGGAAGAGAUUUGUGUCGAGACCAGUGAAUAUACCAGUAUAGCUGAUGAACUAAAAAAUAUUCAAAACCAUAUAAAACUAACAAGAGAGCAUAUUGAUGCGCUGAACGCUAGAUUUGCCGGUUAUCAGAACCCCCCGGGCAUAUUCCUCUCGGAGUAUGAUGAACAAACAGAAAAACUUCAUAAAUUCAUUCUCAGGGAACAGAACCUUAAGGAGAAGUUAAACGAUUAUAAAAGUGAUUAUCUUGGUACAGAGCUAGAAACUAAUGUAUAUAACCAGGUUGAGAUCGACAGUCCCCCGGCAGAAUUCUUUGGAAGUUUUAAUCUUGGAUUCGAAGGAAGUCAGAAUUCAAAUCCUAAAUCUCCAUAUCGGUCUAUAGUUAGAGCACAUCUAGGAUCACACGGUCGAACCUCAGUACCAGUCAAACCAGGAGUUACCCUUCGGGAUGCACUUUCUAAGGUUAGACGAUCAGAAAUAAAAAUUUUCAAUCCUCAUUGUUUCUGCUUUUUACCUAUUCUGGUUUUAUUUUGUUUUGUUUUAGAUAAAUACACAAUACCCUGGGAUACUCUAAUGACAUCUAUAGAGGGAGAGGAAAUUAAAGUUGAAGUGAGUGACCACUUCCCGGUAACAACAAGUAUUUCGCACAAUUUUGUGAGGAAAACUUUUUUCUCUCUUGCUUUCUGCGAAUGCUGCCGAAGACUGCUUUUUCAAGGAUUUCAAUGUCGAACCUGUGGUUACAAAUUUCAUCACAGAUGUUCCAACCAGGUCCCUGCGCUUUGUCAACAGGUGCGGAUGCAAAAGAUACUGGUGCAGGCAAUGCUGGCGAGUGAUCAGGGUGCCCCGGAGAGCCUGGUGGGCAUCAUCAUGCCGGGCAUGACCGGUGGAAGUUCCUUUGUUUUCCCGCCACACAGAUCGCAAGAGGGCAAAAUUUCGAAUCGAGACAGAUCAAGUUCGGCUCCUAACGUGUCAGAUUUCAUUAUUGAAGCCUCCGAUCUGUUGCCAGAACAGUACAGAACACCUUUAAAAACACCAGGAUAUAUACCGGGAAUGGUUCGAAUGAUCGAGCAUAAUUCUCCCUCUAGUUCUCCAACCAAGAAAUCCUCUAGAUCAGAAUCCUCCUCACCAACCAGUGUCAGACCAAGGGCUCGUGCUAGUUCUGCUGAUGAUUCUAGCAAACGUGAAAUAAAGCAUAACAAAGAAAAAAAAGAAAUCGAGGAUUGGGAGAUACCUGUGGAUAAUAUAUACAUUGGAGAACGGAUUGGCUCAGGCUCCUUUGGAACCGUUUAUAAGGGGCAUUGGCACGGCACGGUUGCGAUUAAAACCUUGAAUGUGAAAGACCCAAGCCCUGCACAAAUUACUGCAUUUAGGAACGAGGUUGCUGUUUUGAAAAAGACGCGGCAUGUCAAUGUUCUCCUCUUCAUGGGGUUCGUCAAUAAGAAGGGUCAGCUUUGCAUAAUAACACAGUGGUGUGAAGGAUCUAGUCUUUAUAAACAUCUGCAUGUGCAAGAAUCCAAGUUCGAGUUAUUAAAUAUAAUCGAGAUAGCCAGACAGAUCAGUCAGGGAAUUGAUUAUCUUCAUGCGAAAAAUAUUAUUCAUAGGGAUCUCAAAUCAAACAACAUAUUCUUACAUGAUCAUAAUUUCACUGUAAAAAUUGGUGACUUUGGACUCGCCACUGUUAAAACCAGAUGGACGGGUCCUGGCUCACACAACCAACCAACUGGUUCUAUUCUAUGGAUGGCACCUGAAGUGAUACGGAUGAGCGAAGAAUCUCCCUACACCUUCCAGAGUGAUGUUUAUGCCUUUGGUAUAGUUCUAUACGAACUAUUAACCUGCUCCCUUCCUUACUCACAUAUUAGCAACAAGGACCAGAUUCUGUUCAUGGUAGGGCGAGGAUACCUUAAACCGGACAUGAACCGGCUACGUAAAGAUACACCAAGAGUGCUGCGUCGACUCCUGCUUGACUGUAUAAACUAUACCCGCGAAGAUCGUCCGAAUUUUCGGCAAGUUCUGGUCGGACUAGAAAACCUGAUGACUUCCAUGCCGAAAAUCCACCGAUCGUUGUCAGAACCUAUCCUCAAUCGGACGAAUCUCCACUCGGACGAACUUUUUGGUGAUGGCUGCACCAGUCCGAAAAGUCCUGUGAACUCUAAUCUUAACAACUUCACUUUUAAUUAAACGAUGCAGUAAAUCCUCGAACUAAAAACUGGAGCAUUUUCAGGAACAUUCUCCCGCAUUUCUAGACUGAAAAAUAUCUCAAGGGUGGAGAUUUUUAUUGGUGGACAACAAUGCAACAUUUUACUCUUAUUCAGACCUUACAAGUUUUUCCUUGCUUUCUUAAUCAUACCAAAUCCAUGACUUUGAUAACUUUGAUGAACUUGAACCAAUUUUAAUUAAAAGAGAGCGUUCAAAAACGUACGUUUGUGCCAUAUUCGCCAUAUAUCCAUGCAGAUAAAAUAAAAGAUGGACUGUUAAUGUCGAUGUAUAUUUCGUGCAAACUGAACUCUGAACAUAACAGUACAUAAAUAUACUUAUCAAUUGUAUUACUGUUAAACUGUUCAAUUUUUUAUGUGAUAUUCAAGACAACGACCUUCUCAGUGCAAGGUUUCAAAUUAAAAUCCCCCUGUUUUAUUUUACGGGCUUUCAUCGACAGUUCUUGUAAACAGUUCUGUACAACAGCUGUACAUAAUUGUGUCAGAUGAUACGUUGAGAAUUUAUCAGUAUUUAUUAAUUAUAUAUUUACAGUAUUUUUUUUUCUAUCCUUAUUGUACUGCAGAGUACUACAGCCUGACCAUGUCAUUUAAUCUCUGUGCGCAAGUUUUCAAGUCACAUGGUAUAAAUUACAUUCCAGUUUUCUUUAAGAUAAUAAUGAAGUUGACAAAAACAAUUACAUUUUUACCCAUCAUAGUAAUCUCAAAUGUAGAGCUUGGAUUUUUAUUUCAUGCAGAUCCGGAUUUCGGAUUCCGGAUACCAGAUACCGGGUUCUUUGAAAAGAAUUAUCUAAUCUAAACAUUGAUUAUAUAAUUGCUGUUAAUAACAUUUUUGUUCAGUUUUUUUUGGGUUGAAAACUCGUAUUCAGAGCUGCAUAGCAUACUGUAACUAAAUAAAUCCGUUUCCAUUCCACUAAAAUUAAGAGCCAUCAAAUUGAUAAGUAUGUCUUGGGGCUCAGCUGUAUUUAAAUGAUAAAUAGUUUGUUUUUUAAGUAAUGUUAUUUUGAUUCAAACCCUGGUUUAAAAGUUUAGAAACGAUGUCAGAAAGUCGCUUGAAAUAAAGAAAAGAAUAUCCCUCUUUCACUCAUCUAUUUACACAAUGUCAUUUCAGA